AUGCAGAACGGGGUGGAAGCAUUUUGCUGGGGUAUUAAUAGUGAAUUGACGAACGUGAGGAGGCGUCUCAGAGAAGUUGCAGAUCAGAUAUUCUCGGUUGCUGUACCCUCGGACGACUUUCUCUUCGAUAGCGAGGUGCGAGAAUCUCUUUUGUUCGAAAACAAGGAUUUCUCAAACUCACAAACUUACUUCUGGGCUCUUCAUUCCUUACGUCUCGUCAGUGAGUGCAUUGCUUCGAUUAUUAGAAGUUGGGACUUGUACAACAAAGAAUCUUUUCUAAAUCUUCUAAAUACGGGCGACGAUGGAAUAAGCCAUACGUCUCCAAGUUCAGAUGGCGAAGCGGCUGCCACUGGAGCUGCGUCGGUGCCUUGCCUCGAUGAAAUCCAAAAACAAAUGACUCAGCUCGCCGGCAUGAUAAAAGACAACAACGCCCAGCAGGAAGACAUACGGGCUUUGCGCGACGGUCUUUUCAGUGCCUCUUCAGUCCUCGAAACGCGCACCACUGUCGCACAAGGAAAGAAUAUCCAUCUACUGACACUUAUAUCCAUGGUGUUCUUGCCUGCUAGUUUUGCAACGUCCAUCUUUGGUAUGCAGUCUAUUCUACCAACAUCGACAAGCCUCACGACAUUUGCAAUUGUCAUGAUAUUUAUUUGCGGGCCGGCAUAUCUGGUUAUCUUAGUAUUGAGUGGAGGACUAAAAGAGGCCGGUGAAAUUUGGAAGAAGACAGCGAAGUUUUGGGAUGGAUGUGGCAAAGUUAAUGGAAAGAAAUGGCUCGACAGGGCGAACACGAUGAUGAGGAAGAAGAGAAACAAAUCGAAGGAUGUCGAGAAGGGUACAUGA